AUGCAUUCGCGUUCGCCCCGCUUCGUUAGUUCUUCUUUCUUGUCAUUCCAGGUUGAGUAUAAGAAGGUAGAAGCGGAAGAUACCUCACAGGAAAAGAGAGUGAAGAACCUGGAAAAGACUUGUCAAAAUCUCACUGCGAAGAUUAACAUGGAGAUAGCCUCUAGAGAGGCUGUCGAGGCUGAGAUGAAGACGGUGAAUUCCGAGGUAGAAGCUAUAAAAAGGAAGAACAAGAAACUCGAGGAGGGUAUAAUGAAGGCCCAAAAGGAUGUUGAGGGGAAGCAGGAGGAGAUGAGGGGCCUUGUGGCGGAGAUAACUGCAGUGCAGGGAAAGAAUGCUACUUUGAUGAGCCGUAUGGAAGGGGAGGAAGAGGAGAUAGAAGUGUACAGAGGAGAGUUGGAUGCUGUAGAGGAGUCCUGCAAGGAGGUAACAGCUACUUGUUCGAAGCUGAGGAGCCGAAUAGCGAUGGGCAACGCAGCUAAUAGCGAGCAUAGGGCGAGGGUUGCGCAAUUGAAGAAUGAGUUGGCAUUUAUAAGGAGGGAAGAGGGCCUUGAUGAAAGCGGUAGGCAGCGUCCAAUAUUGAUACACAGCAGUGAUAGCACUUUGGUGGACAGGUUGCAGAUGAACCCCUUCUUAUACGAGGCGCAGCAGCAGCGGAACCCUGUGCCCAUGCUGAUAGAAAAGAUGGCCCAGUUACUUGAGUUGUUGCAUUAUGAACAGAAGACUGCGGACGGAUGCCUUGGUGAUUUGGCUAAGUCGAAUUCCCUUGUGGCCAACAUGCGACAAUUGAAUCUGGACCUGUCCGGUAAGAAGAACGUGAUGGCUUCCUACAAGAGCCAGCUAGUUGGGAGGGUGCUCCAGAAUCAAGUGGAAGCUACAACAACGGCAUCGGAGUUGGUCCUCACCGGCCUUCUCUUGCAAGACCACGAUUUUCAGGAUGUCCUGGGGUUGGUGAGGGCCUAUGGUGUGAUAGAGAGUGUCAAUGGCUUGCAUUUGAACAAGAACCUCCUCGAUGACAGUUCAAUGACAACGCUGCUCACCCUACUGCAAGAGUUGCCGUACCUAAAGUACCUGGACUUGGGAGAGAACCACUUAUCGAGAGGAGCGUUGAACAUGUUGGAGUCGCAGUUGAGGUCGAUGGACGGUGUGACGCAGACUGCACAUACAGCUGAUGGUUGUAUUGAAGUCCGUUCGGGUAAGCAGAUAAGGUUGAAGGUCAGGAUCGGUGACCAGAAAGCGUGCCGUCCUGAGCCUAGUGCCAGACUUGUACCCACCGCUAGCGAUAGGGGCAAAGGAGACACACCUACUAAGGGUACAUAUCGGGAGGGUGAGGCGGGGACUCCUGAUGCCGAAAGCAGCCGGCUGGGGUCUGGUGAGGGGGAAGAGGAGGUGAUUGGGGGUAUUCUUGAGGAGCUAAAGGUUGACGAGGAUGAUCGGGCAGUGGGGAAUAAAGUGCCCAUCGGAAUCGGCGGCCCUGGUGACUUGUCGAUUUUGGAUCGUCGGAGGAGUUUGUCAUCGACAUCCUCGGCGAAUCGACGACGUGGUGGUAGAGGGAGGGGUCGGGUAUCUGUUGGGAGAAGUUCCCUUCAGAAGGGUAGGAGGAAGCCAUCGAGGGAGCAACUACCGCCGCCGCCGAUGGUUGAACGCUUGCCUGAUCGAAGGGUCCUGGAUAAGUGGCAAGCUGGUACAUACGCCAAGGGAGGCACCGGGUCUUUUGAGUGA